AUGCCUCUUCCGAUAGAGGUCGCAAUCAAGCCCAUUGGCAAGCCCGAAAUCGGUGUCAAUAACUACCAGGGGUUCACUCCAGGCCGCACAGAGGUCCUGCCAAAGGGCUGGAACGGCUACAACGCGAAACCUCUGGAGAGCGACAUCCGCAUCGAUCAUGAUGUUGAGAUCAAAGUACGAGAUGGCUGCAGGCUCUAUAUCGACGUCUACCGGCCGGCGGACAGCAAUGAAAAGAUCCCCGCCAUUGUGGGAUGGUCGCCCUACGGUAAGAAGUACAGCGCGCUCACGAUGCUUCCCAUGACACCGUGGUCCUGCUGUGUCAAGAAAAGCGAUCUCAGCGGAUUGGAGAAGUUCGAGGGUCUGGACCCCCAGAGGUGGUGUCCCAAGGGCUACGCCAUCAUCAGCGUCGACAGCAGAGGUGCCGGCAACAGUGACGGGCAGGUUCCGAUCAUAGGACUGCAGGACGCCGAAGAUGCAUACGACGUCAUUGAAGCCAUCGCCAAGUUCGAUUGGUGCAAUGGCAAUGUCGGCAUGGCAGGCAACUCUGCCCUCGCGAUUGCUCAAUGGCACGUUGCGGCCUUGAACCCUCCGUCGCUGAAAGCGAUUGCGCCGUGGGAGGCAAGUGGCGAUUUGUUCCGUGAGCAAUUCGUCAGAGGCGGCAUCUUCUCCAUGAGCAACUUCGACCUGAUCACCAACCUCAUCAUCAAGGGUAAUUCGGGCGUGGAAGACUUUGCGGAAAUGUACCGUCGCAGCCCCCUGUCCAAUAUCUGGUGGGAAGACAAGCGCGCAAACAUGAAGGCCAUCAACAUUCCCGCCUACAUCUCGGGAUCAGACUUUAGCUCCAUUCACACCAUGGGUAGCAUAAGAGGCUUCAUCGAGCUGGGCUGUUCCAAGAAAUGGGUUCGCUGGAGCGCCUGGCAAGAGUGGUUUGACUUGUACAGCGUGCCGGAAACCAACGAGGACCUGGCAAAAUUCUUUGACAGGUACCUCAAAGGCAUCGAAAACGACUGGGAGAAGACACCCAAAGUGCGGUGGACUUCCCUCAAAUUUGGUGACCGAGAAGCUGAGAGCGAUAUCAUAUUCGAAGACUUCCCUCCUCCCAAUACCGAUUACAAAACGUUUUACCUGAACUCCGGAGCACUGACCGAGGCAGCUCCCGAGAGCUCAUCGAAAGUGUCAUACAACUCCGAAGACAGCAAAUCGCUUGCCAAAUUCACCUACACCUUCGAUAAGCCAUCGCGAUUGAUCGGUAUCCCAAAGGCUAUCCUCUACAUGUCAUGCCCCUCGCAUGAUGAUAUGAAUGUGUUCAUCAACAUCCGGAAACUGGACAAAGAAGGCAACCCCAUGAUGCACCUCUGCUUCCCCUUCUGGGCUGCGCCGGUCAAGUCCAUCCACGACAUCCCGCAAAAGGACCAAAGCAGCACAAACCUUCACCUCGGCUCGGUUGGCCAGCUGCGGGCCUCUCACCGCAAGAUCGACCCUUCGCGAUCAAUGCACCCGCAGUUUCCCUUCCACCCCCACGACGAGGAGAACAAGAUCCCACCGGGUACAAUCGUGGAGUUGGAGAUCGGCAUAUGGGCGAUGGGUGUUGACUACGAAGCCGGCGAAUCGGUUCAGGUGCAGAUUGGCGGCCAGUUCCCAUCCAUCGCCGAAUACAAGGCCUUUUCGACAGAGCGUCCCGAGCAUGAGAGGAAUAAGGGGGAGCAUUUCAUCCACUGCGGACUCAAGCAUCCAAGUCGCAUUAUUCUGCCUUUCAUUUACUGA